AUGGUUUCCCUUUUCCUUGACAAGACCCUGAUUAAAAACAACUGGGACAAUGACGAACUGGAACUGGAACGCGAGCUCAUCCGAGCGCUGGAGAAUAAGGUGAUCCUGCUGUAUUUCGGCUCCGGCGAAUGUCCUCAGUGCCAGGAGUUCGUGCCCAUCCUGAAAGAGUUUUUUGUGAGACUCACGGAUGAGUUUUACGUGGAGCGAUCCGCCCAGCUGGUCCUGAUCUACGUGUCUCUGGAUGAGACGGAGGAAAAGCAAGACAAGUUCCUGAAGAAAAUGCCCAAGAGAUGGUUUUUCUUGCCCUUUCUGGAUGAAUUAAAAAAGGAACUGGAAUUAAAAUUUUUGGUGAAGGAGCCGCCAGUGGUGGUGGUCCUGAAGCCAAACGGAGAGGUCAUUGCUGCCAAUGCAGUAGAGGAGAUCAAGGAAAUUGGCCCGGCUUGUUUCCAGAACUGGCAGGAGGUAGCUAACCUGGUGGACAGGAACUUCCGACUGGCAGAGGAUUUCGAGGAACUGCCUUGGAGGAGCAUCACGGAUCCCAUCCGCAGGCUAAAGUACAAGCUGAAGAAGAAGAAGCGGAAAAAGAGGAGCAACCAAGAAGAAGAUGAGGAUGAUGAAGAUAAGGAUACAUCCUCUUGA